AUGAGUGUCAGUCUUGAGCAUACGCUCGGAUUCAGAAUAAAAGUAACGAACGUGUUGGAUGUGGUUACUGAGGGUAGAUUGUAUUCGUUCAAUUCAUCGAACAAUACCCUCACUAUACAAACAACUAAAAAGAACCAAUCUCCUCAAAGUUUCAAAGUGAUCAAGUGUACAUUCGUUAAGCAUUUGGAAGUCAUUGGUGACAAACCUUCCUUUAAUUCAUUCAAGAAGCAACAAAUUAAACCCUCAUACGUGAGUGUGGAAAGGGUUGAGAGACUUCUAAAGGAUAAAAUAAUAGCAUCCAAAAAGAGUGAACUUUUGAAAGGCAAAGGAGUGAGUGUGGAAGGUCAAUUUAUUUUUGAUCAAGUUUUCAAGACUAUAGGUGACACCAAGUGGGUCGGCAAGGAUAUCGUUAUCCUUGAUGACGUUAAGGUGCAACCACCAUAUACGGUUGAAGACAUCAAAGUUUUACACGAAGGCAGUAACCAAUCCAUUACAUUGAUUCAGAGAAUUGUAGAGAGAAGUUGGGAGCAAUUGGAAGAAGACGAUGGUAGAAAAGGUGGAUAG